AACCCGUUCUUGAUCCCGCAUCACCCGUCCUUCAUCAAAUUAAUUACCACUUCGCGUACUUUUCCUUGCGUCCAUCUAUUUAAGAGAGCCACCCGAGUCAAUUGACCAGUUGUCCGAUGAUGCGUUCGAUUCCAAUUAACUCAACCAAACUCAUGUGAUUCGAAAAUGCAAAUUUCGGUGCACAAGAACCGGAUCUACCAGUACAUGGCCGCCCUCACAGGCACUCUGGGCAUCAUCUCCAGCGAGAUGCACUACGGCUGGCCCUCCCCCUCGCUCCAAAUCCUCUACAACGGCACCGACAAACUCAAGAUGGACGAAACCGAAGGCUCCUGGCUCACCAUCAUGCCCUUGGUGGGCGCCAUCCUGGGGGCCCUCAUCACAGGCCUCGUCAUCGACAUUCUCGGCCGAAAACGGCUCAUUUUGCUCUCCUCCAUCCCGUUUUUCAUCUCCUGGAUCACCAUUGGAUUCGCGGAAACUUCAAUCUUGCUUCACGUGGCGAGGUUCUUGGCCGGGUUGACCGAUGGGUUAUCCUUCACGGCAGUCCCUAUGUUCCUGGGGGAAAUCGCAGAGCCCAGUAUUCGGGGCCUUUUGAGUUCCAUGUGUCCCGUCUCCAUCGUAAUUGGACUCCUCUUGAUCAACAUCCUCGGGAGUUACCUCAGUAUUUCCACAGCGGCCUUUGUCUCAUCAAUAAUCCCAGUGAUCCUCCUGGUAACCUUCAUCUGGAUCCCGGAAAGUCCCUAUUUUUUGUUGAUGAGGGGGCGUUACGAUGACGCAAGGGUUAGUCUCCAGAAAUUCAGGGGGAGUACCGAUGUGGAAACCGAAUUGGAACGAUUGGCGAAAGCUGUCAAGGAACAAAACGAAUCCACCGGAAAAAUCUCGGAUUUGGUCACGUGUCCCAGUAACCGGAAAGCCGUUUUCAUCGCGUUGGGACUCCGGAGUGUUCAACAAUUGACCGGAAUCACCGCCAUCACCUUCUACUGCCAGAGGGUGUUUAAGGAGAGCACUUUUAUGGCCCCGGAAAUCGCAACGAUUAUUUACUUCACUGUUCAGUUGGUUAUGUCGGCGAUUUCGUGUCUCAUGGUGGACAUUUCGGGGCGAAGGCCCCUCUUGAUCAUCUCCCUCUCGGGGACUGCAGUCACUCUCCUCAUCAACGGGACUUAUCUCUACAUCAAGAAUUGCACGAAAAUCGACACCAAAGACUUCGAUUUUGUCCUUUUGGCGGCUCUUCUGUGCUUUAUCGUCAUUUUCAGUCUGGGGUUGCAGACGAUUCCGCUGCUUAUCAUGUCGGAGAUGUUCCCCACGAAUGUCAAAGCCUUCGCCCUGUGCUUGGCCGAUAUCUAUUUCAGUGUGAUUGCGAGUGUUAUCUCGAAAUUUUUUGACGGGACGAAGACUGCCUUUGGGAUGCAUGUCCCGUUUUACACUUUUACAGUUUGUUGUGUUUUUGGUUUGGUUUUUAUCAUUCUUUGUGUCCCUGAAACCAAAGGACGAACUCUUGAAGACAUUCAGAGGUUCCUCAAAGGGGAAAUUAGGAUGUAAGAAUUGUGUCAAGUACAAACUGAUCUAAUAAAGAUUUUUCUAA